AUGUUACAUAAUUUGUAUAUUUCCCAAAAGAUCAACAGCACAGUGGAGUCUGUCAUCGCAGAAAACACUGUGUCCGAGGCCAUUUCUCUCAAGGAGAAAAUGGACCACAUUGUUAAAGAGAAUGUGGGCAAAAAACAGGAGCGACGACACCGGGUGGCAACUCAGGCACCACUUCUUCAAGAUGAACCCCAACUUAAAAGACCACAUCAAGAAACUUCACCUUCUCCUGUAGACAUCAUCACUAAAGAAGAGCAACCCCCACCAUCACCUCCAUCCUCCCCAACUGCACCAAAGCCUUCUCCCUGUGACUCCCCCAAAUCCUCCACUUCCCUGUCUCCACUGGAUUUAUCAGCGCCACUUUCCUCUCCUGUGUCCCACCCCACUACACUGCCAACGGUUAUACCAGCUGAUGCCAAGGAUGCAGUGCAUAGCUAUAUCAAAAGUGCCUGGGCUGGGAAUGACAGUGUAGUACUGCUGUCCAAAGUGGGACCCCAUAAGUUAUUCUACCAAGACAUUUUACAGGUCGGCCCUGGAAAGGAGUUGGAGAGUGAGGUAAUCAAUGCAUACCUGAUGCUAAAAGUAAGGCACCACAAUUUGACCUCACCAGAGAAGGCCUUCCAUAUGGACACAUUUGCUAUAACCGCAAUGUGGAAUGGAAAAUAUCAGGGCCUCAAGGUGAACCCAGCAAACUAUGAUGUCAUAGUGGGCAUUGUCAAUGAGUGCCACCAUUGGUUUUUAGUUGCUAUAUACCCAUCCCAAAAAAAAACCAUUCUACUUGACCCACUUGGGGAGUCUGACAUCAAGAAGAAAAGGUGUUUGGAAACAACAAGAGCAUUCAUGAGACAAAAGGGAAUUCCAGUUUCACGCUGGGUGUGCGAAAGUCCUCCUCACCCACUUCAAAUGGAUUCUACAUCAUGUGGUGUGUUCGCUUUGAAGUUUGCAGAGCAUAUUUUGCAAAAUACCAACAUUGACUUCUCCAAUGCGCCACAAGACGUAGCACAAUUCAGAAUGGAGAUUGCAUCAACACUGCUUGAACAAUCUGAUGACCUAAGUGACCUGUGUCACUUUUGUGGGGAGGCAGAAACAUUUGAUGACUCUGCAGAAGUUCUCUGGGCAGAGAAGAUUAGCGUAAAGUGCUAG